AGCAGCAACAACAUAAACAAAACUCACCAACUCUCGCGAACCUCCAUAUCUCUCAAUUACAUUUCUUUUCAAUAAGCCACGCAUGAAACAGAAGCUUGAACCAAAUUAAAAACCUUUCAUUUUCGAGGGUCCUCUGAAGCAAAGAAGAAACCUUUCUUAUUUUUUAUUUUUAAAUUUUUUUUAUAUGGAAAACCCAAGAACAAGAAGUGGCAGCCCCUUGUGCUCAUCUUCUAGCCUAGAUGCUUUGACUACAACACUAAGCAGCUCAAUUCAAGCUCUGGGUCGUGGCUUUGAUGUCACUUCAGAUAUACGGCUGUUAUAUUGCAAAGGGGCACCUGGUUCAAGGUUGGUUCAGCUUGAUGAAGAUCAUACCGACGAUCUUGUUUUGUCUGGUAGGGUUAUUGUGCCCAACGUGUCUGCCGAUAUCAAGUGGUCAAUGGGAAAGGGUGACAUCGAGAGAAAACCAGUUUGUAGCUUCCAUGAGAUGUCAGGAUACUUUAAUGAGAAAUCUGGUAUAGCAGGGCGUGUUCCGCUGGGAAGCUUUAAUGCAAUGUUCAAUUUCACUGGUUCUUCACGAGUUGAUGCAGCUGCUACAAAAUCCCUUGCCAUGGUUGGAUACUUAAUUCCCCUAUGCACCGUCAAAUUAGCUAAGCAGAAUUUAAUUCUGCAUGAAGAUGUCAGGCGCGCUGUUCCUUACACUUGGGAUCCUGCAGCUUUGGCAAGUUUUAUUGAAAAUUAUGGUACGCACAUUGUUACUUCUGCUACAAUUGGUGGGAGAGAUGUUGUUUAUGUCAGACAGCACCAGUCAUCUCCUUUAUCGCUAACAGACAUUGAGAACUAUGUGAAAGACAUUGGGGAUCAAAGGUUUCUGGACUCCAAAGGCCAGUCAAGUGCUGCACCUUUAAAAUACAAGGACAAGGAUGUUACAGUCAUCUUUAGGAGGAGAGGAGGUGAUGACCUUGAGCAGAGUCAUGCAAGGUGGGCAGAGACUGUGCAAUCGGCACCAGAUGUCAUUAACAUGACAUUUAUGCCCAUUGUUUCUCUUCUUGAAGGAGUGCCUGGUAUAAAACAUUUGGCCCGUGCAAUCGAACUAUACUUGGAGUACAAGCCACCAAUCGAGGAUUUACAAUAUUUCCUGGAUUUUCAAAUUGCUCGUGUUUGGGCUCCAGAACAGAGCAACAUUCAAAGGAAGGAACCGGUGUGUUCAUCCCUUCAGUUUAGCUUAAUGGGCCCCAAGCUUUAUAUCAGCCCGGAUCAGGUAACAGUUGGCCGUAAACCAGUUACUGGGCUUAGGCUUAGCUUAGAAGGCAACAAGCAGAAUAGACUAGCAAUUCAUUUGCAGCACCUAGUGUCCCUUCCAAAAAUCCUUCAACCCCACUGGGAUGUGCACAUGGCCAUAGGUGCACCCAAGUGGCAAGGUCCUGAGGAGCAAGACAGCCGUUGGUUUGAACCCAUCAAGUGGAAAAACUUCUCCCAUGUAAGCACUGCACCAAUAGAACACACUGACACUUGCAUUGGAGACCUCUCUGGUGUCCACAUUGUCACAGGAGCUCAGCUUGGUGUAUGGGACUUUGGUUCCAAAAACGUAUUACACCUGAAACUUCUCUUCUCUAAAGUACCAGGCUGCACGAUAAGGCGAUCUGUAUGGGAUCAUAGUCCAUGCAGCCUUUCUACUGCACAGAGGACCGACGGAUCUUCAUCAUCAGUUUCGAGUGAGAGAACUUCUGACAAUAAAAAGGAAGAUAGUUCAAGCCAUGUUGGGAAACUUGCAAAGAUUGUGGAUUCAACUGAAAUGUCAAAAGGACCACAGGAUAGUCCAGGCCAUUGGUUGGUUACAGGGGCUAAGCUUGGGGUGGACAAGGGGAAGAUUGUAUUGCGUAUUAAGUACUCAUUACUGAAUUACUGAUCCAUUAUUUUCUUUUGGUAGGAUUACUCCUUUUCCACGUGUAAGCAUACUCGAAGCAUUCUUUGCAGUACAGGCGGUCCUUGUUAGUUCCAUUCUUGUGUACAUUGUGGCUCUUUUUGUUUGUUUAUUUGUCCUUACAGUUGAUAGUCAGAUUAUUAGGUCUAUGACAACUCUUUUCCUCCAUUUAUUUGAUUUUCAGAAAAUCAGGCUAUUAUUAUCCAAUAAACACAGCUUUGUUAUGUGAA